AUGGUUAUCAUAAAGAACCACCAGAAGAGAACCAAAGGCCGCCAAAAGAUUGAGAUCAAACCCAUUGAAGGGAAGAGCAAUCUUCAAGUUACCUUCUCGAAACGCCGUGCCGGUCUAUUCAAGAAAGCAAGUGAACUGAGUCUCCUUUGUGGUGCACAAGUUGCUGUUCUUGCUUUCUCUCCAGGCAAAAAGGUGUUUGCAUUUGGCCAUCCUAACGUUGAAACUGUGCUCGAUCGCUAUCUAAAUGAAGGAAAUCCUGAUGCUAAAGAAGAUACGGCACAGACUGUAACUAGCGAUAGCCCACGAGUGCAACAAUGGAAUAAAGAGUAUGAGGAUGCAAUGAAGGAGCUUGAAGAAGAGAAGAAGUGUUUGGCAAUGGUUGAAGAGUGGAAAAAGGUCAGGGAAAGUAAUGUGAAUGGAGGGUUUUGGUGGGAUGAACCUGUUGAUGAUAUGGGUGUGGAAGAGCUGGAAGAGUAUGCGAAAGCUUUGAAGGAGUUGAAGAGAAACGUCGGGAUUAGGGCUAAUGAGCUGAUGAUGAUUGGUAAUAAUCAUCAUAUUGUUAAUAAUAAUCAAAAUAAUUUGGGUUACGGUGUUGGUACCAGUGAUUUAGGUUUUGGUUUUGGAGAUGGGCCUUUUCUGAAGUUUGAUGGGUUGAUGGAUCGCGCCUUCAUUGCUCUUGUUCUAAAGGUUAAUGCCUUCCCUCCAAGACUUUGUGGAGGCGACUGA